AGAGGAGACAACCUUCUCCCCCCCUCCCCAAAUCCCUUCCUUCCCCAGCCCUUUUCCUGCCCGCCCGCCCUCCUUGCCUGCAGGAGAGCAGGGAGCAGGCGGGCAGGGAAAGGGGAGCCGGGGCUGGGAGGAAGGGGGGGAAAAAGGGGGAGCGGGCGAAAGAGAAAGAAAAGCAGCGGCGACGAAGACGACUACGGCGGUGGGAGAAGCAGAGGCGGCGGCAGUGAAGAGAACUCGGCUUCACUCGCCUUGUUUGCAAACUGCGCCCUUUUUAUUUUUUAUUUUUAUUUUUGCACCGGGCCGGAUCCGCCCGGACUCUGCUCUCGGCUCCAUCACGUGGCUGCCCUCUGGCGAGGCAGUUGGAAACAGCAGAGCUGGCCUCUGCAACGGGAGAGGCAGGACUUCCCGUCUCUCUGUGCUGAAUGGCUACUAUGGCGCCCGCUCUCACUGACGCAGCAGCUGAAGCUCACCACAUCCGGUUCAAACUGGCUCCCCCGUCCUCCGCCCUGUCUCCUGGCAGUGCCGAAAACAACGGCAACGCCAACAACAUCCUUGUCGCCACCAACGGCACCAAGAGGAAAGCUGAGGAUUCGAGCCUAGACUUCCGAAAUAACUCUGCAAAGGAGGAGCUGGGAAAGCUGCAGCCCCUGGUGACGUCUUACCUCUGUUCGGAUGUGACUUCGGUUCCUCCGAAGGAGUCUCUGAAGCUGCAAGGGGUCUUCAACAAACAGACAGUCCUGAAGUCUCACUCUCUGUUGUCUCAGUCCUUCUUGAAAACUAGCGACCUCUUGGGGAGGCAACCUGUGUUGGAGCUGUCCUUGGAAAACCUAAAAACCAUGAGUACUAGUAGCCCAACUCCUCUGCCGCAAGCACCCGUCAAUGGCUUGGCUAAAAAGUUGGCUAAGAGCAACAGCUCCGAUCAUGAAAACUCUGCUUCGCUCAACGGUGGGAAGCGUGUUCCUCCUGCUGCGACCCUCCAGGAUGUUGAUUCUAGUAGCCCUGGGGGGUCUGAUUUGGGGGACCUGAAAUCUGGUUUGACCAACUGCACUCUUCCACACAGAAGCCUUGAUGCAGAGCAUACCGCUCCCCUUAGCAAUAAUGGCACUGCAAAUAAGCGGAGCCACAGUUCCCCGGAGCAGCAGCAUGGGCUUGAAGCGGGUGGAGAGAACAGGCUGUUGCCAUUAUCUGGUGUGCCUGCUUGCUCCAAUCUGGGGAGCAGCAAAGCAGAAGAGCAGAAGAUCUCUUUGCCGAGCAAUUCCUUCAGCACCCUAGAUUCAGAUACGAGGACGAGGGUGCUGCUGCGGCGGCAGGCGGACAUUGAGAACCGGGCUCGCAGGCUGCAGAAGCGCUUGCAGGUGGUGCAGGCGAAGCAAGUGGAGCGGCACAUCCAGCAGCAGCUGGGCGGCUUCUUGGAGAAGACUCUGAGCAAGCUGCCGGCUUUGGACUCCCUGAGACACAGAAGUCAGCUCAUGCUGACCCGCAAGGCAGAAGCUGCCUUGAGGAAAGCUGCCAGCGAGACGAGUACCUCGGAGGGCCUGAGCAGCUUCCUAAAAAGUGACUCCAUCUCAGAAGAACUGGAGAGGUUUACCGCCAGCGGGAUGGCUAACCUGCGGUCCUGCGAGCAGGCGUUUGACUCCGACGUCACGGACAGCAGCUCGGGUGGGGAGUCUGAUAUUGAAGAGGAGGAACUGACCAAAGCAGACACUGAACAGCACCAUGUACCACUGAGGCGAAGGUCAGAAUGGCGGUGGGCAGCAGACAGAGCAGCCAUUGUCAGCCGCUGGAACUGGCUUCAAGCGCAUGUCUCGGAUCUAGAGUACCGAAUCCGGCAGCAAACGGAUAUUUACAAGCAGAUCCGAGCCAAUAAGGGCCUGAUACUCCUUGGUGAGACGCCUCCCUCUGACCCUUUGUUAGGUGACUCAUCCCACACUCUUAGUGCUGACGUCAAGCCGGAGCCCGGGAUUGACAGACUGGGCACAUGCCUCUCCCAUUCAUCAGAGAACCUUUGUUCAUCCGUUGGCAAUACCCCAGAGUCCCUACCUGCCAAAACUUGUGGAGUGCCGAGACCGGUCAAUGGAGUUAUUAACGCUCUACAGCCAGGCUUGACAGAGCACGCUCAGGGAGACAGCUCAGACGCCGAUGAGUUGUUGCGCAAAAAGCAGAGGCUAAACGUGGCUUCUUCAGCGGCUGAUGGAACCUGUGUAGCAGCCCGCACUCGCCCUGUCCUCAGCUGCAAGAAGAGGCGGCUUGUUCGACCCAGCAGCCUGGUGCCACUCUCCAAAAAGGUCCAUCGCAACAGCAUGGGGCGGUGCAGCUGCGACGUGAACCCCCUGUGCGCCCUCUGCGGCACUCGGAGCUCGGUGCCUCCGGAAAUCCAGUACGAAGCCCCCUUGAUGGAGCGCCUCUCUCAACUGGACUCCUGCAUCCACCCGGUUCUUUCAUUCCCAGACGAUGUACCAAUGAGCUUGCAUUUCCAGAGCAUGUUGAAAUCCGAGCUGCAGAACAAGCCCUGCGAGAAGAUCAAGCCUCCCAAAAGGCUCACACUGAAGCAUCGGCCCUCCAUGCCUCCCACCAGUUUACCCGACUCUGUGCGCAAGGACCGCCACAAGCUGGUUAACACCUUCUUAGCUGCAGCCACUUGCUCGCAUCACAAAACCGAGCCAGACAAGGCACACAGGCAGCCCUUAGGCGACCUAAGGGCUGCCCCCAAGGCCGAGAGAGCGCCAGAGCGCUCGCUUAUCCUGACUCCAGUUCAUGAGAGAAAGCGAUUGCGGGACAGCUCCUCCGAGAGAAGCGAAGUAUUGAAGCACCAUGCAGAUAUCGGAGGCCCGAGCUACCUCUCCAGCAACAUGGCCUCCGUGGCCCACAGCCCCAUUGUGCGGCAGCUGUCCACCUCCUCGGAAAACUCCAUCCCUUCUGCCAGCACGAGCUCGCUGGGAGCCUCCAGUGCAUCUCAGCAGCAGCCGCGGAGAAGGAGAGGCGAAAGCUCUUUCGAUAUUAACAACAUUGUCAUCCCUAUGUCUGUGGCUGCGACGACCCGCGUAGAGAAACUGCAGUACAAAGAAAUCCUCACACCGAGCUGGCGUGUGGUGGAUAUCGGUGGCCUGAAGGUGAACCCUGAUGAAGACAACGAAGAGAUAGAGGAUCUGUCCGACUCAGCCUUUGCCACUCUCCACGCCAAGUGUGAGGAGUCGGAACGGGCAAGGUGGCUUUGGAGCACAACUAUGCCGCCUCAGCGGCGGGGCAGCAGGUCUUACAGAUCCACAGAUGGACGGACAACGCCGCAGCUGGGGAACCCCUCGACCCCACAACCAGCAUCACCCGAUGUUGGUAACUGCUACGCGCAUUCUGAUGUCUCCCACACCCACUCGCCACGCAGCCCCAUCAGCCCAGACAUGUUCUCUGGUCCCCACACCCCUCUGUCCCGGGACUCCAUGCGGCAUCUGUCCAGUGAGGACACACGAUGUUCCACACCGGAAUCUGGCCUUGAUGAACAGACUGUACAGCCCUGGGAACGACGCCACUUCCCACUGUCCUACAACCCCAAGACAGAGUGCGAGGACCAGUUGGAUCCGCACGACCGGGCCUCACGGUCCACACGGCGCACCUCCGGCAGCAAGCCUUCCCGGGAAACAGACGGAGCUCCCACCUCGCCCACCCUUGCUUGCCUCAAGAACCGGAAUCCAGGGGCCGUGGCCACAGUUCAGCGGCCGACCCACAGAUAAGAGAUGGACAGGAAGAUGAGAGCAAAAAGCAAUCCACCAAACUAACUCUUGGCAUUAAAGCUUCUGAAAUCUGCGUUUGAUAUUCAAACAUCCUGCCGGGAAUUUUCACAGUUUUUAGUGAAUUUAAGGAGUUUAGAAACUGUUUUAUUUUUCUUUCUUUCUUUCCAUGUUUCCUUGUCACGCACACCUUUUAUCCAGUGCUGUGUGGUCUAAUGAGGAGAGCAAACUUGUCUCCCCUUUCCCAUGCUUUAGGUGUACACUCCACAAACAGGAGGGUGAAGCUGGCCAAGUGACCCCUGGAAUUGGUUCUCUGGUGAAAGGCUUUUCUUUCUUUCUCCUUUUUUCUUUUUCUUCUGUUCGGUGUCUGUUCUCCUCACCUUACCACCAUCACUGUGCCCCUCCCCCCAAGAUUUUAGUGGAGUGAAAUUAGUGGUGAAAAGUGACGUCUUCUGAGUACAACUUCCCUCACUAUCUGUUUCUGCUCUUGGGCCGCAGUGGCACUAGAAUGCACUUGCAAUGCAAACUCUCCCUGAAGCUGCACCCAAAAGAGAUGGCUUCCCACCUUGUGGGCUAGAAGAAGAAGAAGAAGCUCUUCCCCUCCAGUUCCUUCACCUUGUGUUACAUUUAUUAAUCCGUUCUGCUGUUUGUUGCUGCUUUUCAGACCAUCUCUCCAUGUUAAAAGAUUUGUACAAGAAAAGGCAAUUUCCUAUCAGUACCCUGGAUGUGAUUUUUUUUUUAAUCAGUUUUAUUCAGCUCAUACUGUGCUGCUUAAUCCCUCCCCAAGUAGCAAGUUAGGAGCGGGAAAGAGGCUGUCACCCCAUCUAGAAAUUUUUUUGGGGGGGAGUUGUCAUUCUCCCCUCCCCUUUACAUGCUGUUAAGUUAUUAACACUUCAGUAUUCCCUUUUUAAUUUUGCACUUUGCCCAUUAGUCUGAAAGUUGCAGUAGGUUUUAUUUCUUCUGCUGCUCAGUUGCAAUACAGUAGUGUUAAGCCUUAAAAUACUGAGAGGGAUGUCAGCAGGAUUCAGGAACUUGCCACCCCAGAUUCACAAGCCAUAUUUUAGCAAGUGUCGUAAAAUUCAUUGUUUUCCCCCACCCUAUAUAGAAAUAUAUGGUCUAUGCAUUGCUUGAGAUUACAUCUUAUAUUUUAAGCUAUGUUUGAGUAUCUAAAUUGUUUUCAACUUUUUUUCUGGAGAAAGAUAGGACUUUGUUUUUCACCACUACUGCUUAACUCCACUUCCACACACCCCUUAGUUCAAAAGUAAACUUCUCCCGUCAAGUUUUCUUUCCUCUUUCUCAUAACUUCUUGGGCUAGCUAUUGACAAGCUCAACAGGUUUGGAAAUUUUAAAAAUCAUUUUGUUUUAUUUUUUAAUUUAAAGAGGCUGUUGACAUCACAUCCCCAGUGGCUCCCAGAUUCUGCACACCGAUCCAUCUGUAAUGUUUUUCUGACCCCUAGCGGUGUGGCUGUUGGUCCCUGUCCUGUUGUUAGCAUUGCGCCUGUCUUCUGUAUUAAUCACAUCACCAAAAAAGGAAAAAAAUACAUUUUUUUCUCAUUUUGUAAUCGUAACGAAAUAGUAGCUAAACUGCUUAAUGGUUGGGGUUUUUUCACAAUUUUCAACAUUACCUAAUGUUUUUGGUUCUGUUCUAGUUAAUUUCUUUUUAAGAAGAGGAAAAACCCAAUGCUACCAUAUCCCUCUGCAUUAAGUGCUUUUCUAUUUAUAAGGUUGAAAAUUCUGAAUAACCCUCUUAGCGUUAUAAAGGAAAAAUCCAGAAAAAAACCACCUUGUAUUUUGUAAAUAUUUCUUUUCCUGCUUCAAGCUGUGUAAUGUCCUUGUUAUAUAGAAACGCUUUUCUUCAGAGAAGCUGAUCUUUGUUUAAUGUCUUGAUUCUGUUGGCCAAAGCACAAAUGUGUGCUUAUAAAAAAAAAGAUUAAAAAAAUUAAAAAGUUAAGAAAA